AUGGGUAAUGCAUUGCUUUUGAACCUGGCAUUAUUAUCAUCGGCCUUCGCACUGGCCGCGGCGGUGACGGCGGCGGCAGAUUGCAAAAGAAAGUGCGGGAACGUGGACAUCCCUUAUCCCUUCGGCAUGACGAAGGACUGCUUCAAAGACCCUGAUUUUGAAAUAAUCUGCAACUCUUCCUCUGGACAGCAUAUUCCACAACUAGCAAGAGGGGAAAACGACACCGUGCAGGUUCUCAGCAUCUCUGGGAACAGUAGUGAGAUUCUUGUCUCUAUGCCUGCUUAUAAUGUUUGCUACAAUCCCCAAGAUGGCUAUAAUAUGUGGAGGCGUGGUUUUUGGGUGCCUCUCAAGUUUGGCAUAUCCAAUACAAAGAACAAAUUCAGGGUAGUGGGGUGUAAUACCUAUGCUUUCCUGUAUGACCGGAAAGAAAAAAACCUUAACGGCUGCGACGCGAGAUGCGAUAACCGGAGUUCAGUGGCGGAUAAUAAUAAAUUCUGCUCCGGCGCCGGCGGCUGUGGCCACUGCAAGAGUGAUUUGGAGCAAGCCUUCUGCAUUUGUUGA